CAAACAUAAAUGCCCCACAUGAAAUUUAAACAGACUUAAUUUAUUUACUCUGUACAGUUUCAGCUACUUCUAUUUUCCACACCAUCCCACCUAAAGGCAUCUAAUCUCUCUGUCAUCUCCUCCAUUGCCCACUGUUUCAACCUUUCUCCCACACUCUAGAUCAUCUCCAUUAAUGCCAAACCUAAAACACACCACAAUAAAUUAUAAUUGCCCAAAGGUUCAAAAUUUAUAAUAAAACCCUAUUCUUCCACAAUUUUAGUGUCACCUUAAAUUAAAGUUUAGGGUUUCAAAUUUCCUAACUUCCAAGACAUUGAAAUGUGCAGAAAUCGAAUUUUUGAUUGAGUAUUAAAAACUAAAAAACUAAAAAAAUGGGAGUCGGGGGUAUCAAUCAACCUUUACCUGAAUUUGGGUUGAUUAAUACAACCACAAUGAAUGGAAAUGUGAAUUUUAAUAUCAACAUUAAUGGAAGUGGUACAACAACAACUGAUCUGAUCCAAGACCACAAUUUGUUGAAACUUCAAAAACAUAAUAUUUCUUGUUGGAGAUCUCAAAAAAAGCCACUUUCUUGGUCUGUUGUUUGUGGGAUUUUGUUAUUUGCUGUUGGGUUGAUUUCUUUAUUUACUGGGCAUGUUGUUUCUGAUCUUGAGUACUACUCUCAACGCUUGAUAAAACCUCACUUGAUCACCAAAUGGGUGGCAAGCAAUCAUGAACCGAUUAAUAUAUGGAAAUCAAAAUAUACAGAUGUGUACUACGGGUGCAGUAGAAGAGGCCGACAUUUUCGUUCUGCUACUCGUGAGCGAUUUUCUAAUGGCUAUUUGCUAAUUGCAACUAGUGGAGGGUUGAAUCAGCAGAGAACUGGGAUAACAGAUGCUGUAGUUGUAGCUCGAAUACUUAAUGCUACUCUGGUUGUUCCGUCACUGGAUCAUAAUUCCUAUUGGAAAGAUGAGAGUGACUUUGCUGACAUUUUUGAUGUUGACUGGUUCAUAUCUUCUCUUGCAAAGGAUGUGAAAAUUGUAAAAAGAGUUCCCUCUAAAGUCAUGAGAUCUAUGGAAAAGCCUCCUUAUACUAUGCGAGUCCCUAGAAAAUCAACUCCCGAAGAUUAUUUAGAGCUGGUCUUACCUAUUCUCUUGAGACGACGCGUUGUACAGUUGUACAAGUUUGAUUACCGGCUGGCCAAUGACCUUGACCCGGAGCUUCAGAAGUUGCGUUGUCGAGUUAAUUAUCAUGCAUUGAGAUUUACGAAGCCAAUACAAGAACUUGGUUCAAGAGUUGUGAUGAAAAUGCGUGAGAUGGAUAAGCGAUUUAUUGCUGUUCAUUUAAGGUUUGAACCUGAUAUGCUUGCAUUUUCUGGGUGCUACUAUGGUGGUGGUGAAAAAGAAAUAAAUGAACUUCGUGAAAUCAGGAAAAGAUGGGAUACGUUACCGGACUUGAGUCCUCUUGAAGAGCGUAAAAGAGGUAAAUGUCCCCUAACUCCUGAAGAAGUCGGUGUAAUGCUGCGAGCACUUGGCUUUAAAAAUGAUAGCUAUAUUUAUGUGGCAUCUGGUGAAAUUUAUGGUGGGGAGGCAACUCUACAACCUCUAAGGGAAAAUUUUCCUAACUUUUACACAAAGGAGAUUCUUGCUGCUGAGGAGUUGAAAUCUUUGAUGCCCUUCUCUUCUCGCCUUGCUGCGAUUGACUACAUAGUAUGUGAUGAGAGUGAUGUGUUUGUCACCAAUAACAAUGGGAAUAUGGCGAAGAUUCUUGCAGGUCGCAGGAGGUAUAUGGGCCACAAGAGAACGAUUAAGCCAAAUGCAAAAAAGCUAAGCGCUUUAUUCAUGUCAAGGGACACGAUGGAAUGGCAUACGUUUGCUAAAAGGGUGAAGUCAGCCCAGAGGGGAUUCAUGGGCGAACCAGAUGAAAUGAAGCAAGGAAGGGGUGAAUUCCAUGAAUUUCCUGCUGCUUGCAUUUGUAGGAGACGACUUAAGCGACCAGGUAAUAGCACCAAACAGGAACUCGAUGACAUUUCUGAGAGCGAGAGGUGGCAUCUACUCUACACUAACAGCACAUCUGAAGGGCUUGAUUUUUCUAAAGACACAGAAAUUGAUGAAUUUUUGCCUAGAUUGUGAUUGUGUCAAAAAUCGUCUUAGUACACAUGCCCCAAAGGUAGAUUCAUCUGUUGGAUUGGGACUAUUUUCCUGAUGAAAUUCGAGCUAGAUGUAAUGUAAAUACGAGUUAGAACUUUCUGAUCAGCUCCAAUUGUUUAUAUGAGUAUGUUUUUUUCGCGUAUGUAGCUUGAGCUGAAACUACAUUCUUUUUUGUGUGAUUAUCGCUAAUCCGAUAGUAUGUGAUUCUAGCAUUAGGCAUUGCUGAGGCAACAUUUGUAUCCAUGUCUUUAUUCUUUUAGCCAUUGGUUUGUUAGCAAUCACAAACGAAAAAAAAACAUUUACUAGUUAAUACAACAUUUUACUUUUUUGAUAAGAUUUUACUAUUGUUAUCGAGCUCGUAUUGUCUAGGUAAGAGCCUAAGUGAAGUUACUUACCACUUGUUU